AUGUGGGACUUAUUUGGAUGGUUUAGAGAUAUCUUAUCUUCUUUGGGUCUAUGGAAUAAACACGGUAAGUUGUUGUUUUUGGGUUUAGAUAACGCCGGUAAGACCACUCUUUUGCAUAUGCUGAAGAACGAUAGAUUGGCAACUUUGCAACCUACCUGGCACCCAACUUCCGAAGAGCUCGCUAUCGGUAAUAUCAAAUUUACCACUUUUGAUUUGGGUGGUCACAUUCAAGCCCGUCGUUUGUGGAAGGAUUACUUCCCGGAGGUCAAUGGCAUUGUUUUUUUGGUCGAUGCAGCUGACCCUGAGAGAUUUAACGAAGCCCGUGUGGAACUUGACGCUCUUUUCAACAUUGCAGAGUUAAAGGAUGUCCCAUUCGUCAUCUUGGGUAACAAGAUCGACUCUCCUAACGCAGUUUCUGAGACCGAACUUAGAUCUGCCUUAGGAUUGUUGAACACCACGGGUGGUGCAAGAAUUGAAGGCCAGAGACCAGUUGAAGUCUUUAUGUGUUCCGUUGUUAUGAAGAACGGUUACUUAGAAGCCUUCCAGUGGCUAUCUCAGUAUAUUUAA